GGGCACACAGACAGGAAGGUUGCAUUUGGCGACGUGGAAGUGACUAGUCGUCUGUUGUGAGGCUGUACACCAACCACACUGAUCCGCAAACAUUCCGUAACAAUGAUAAAGAAAUUUGACAAGAAGGACGAAGAGUCUGGUAAGAUAUAUUAAAUGUAAAGAAGUUAAUAUAGCUACUUUGAAAUAGGUAGCGUUUUUUUUUGUGCCAACUAGCUACCGCUGACAGAAUACUAGCCAGCUGGCUAGCCAACAUCUAGGUAACUACACUACCCUAAAUGUGUCUUCGUUUGGUGGAUAAAAAAAAAAAUCAAAUGGACGUGUCUAUUUGUUGAUCACACUAGCUACAUGUGUCUAUUUGUUGAGCAGAUAUGCCAAUUGCCUGCUAUCUAGCUUAAAGCGUCUAUCUGUCAAAUUAGCUUGCAAACGAGCUAAACUAACGUUAAUUGGUUAUGAAGUGAAGACUAAGUUAACUAACUGCGCCAAGUCAAACAUACACUUAUUCUUCUUUGGCUGUGCCGUGGAAUUGUUGAUAAUAUAUUCAAAACCUAGUUAGCUACAUGUGUCUAUCCAAUGUACCGUAUCCCUGUAGUUGGUUAGAUAGCUAAUUUAGUUAAUUUAAAAACUGUCAAUGUUGUCUUGCUCACUCAAGCUUGAUGACCAUAGCAAGAUGAGGUUUCAGCUACCUACGUUAGGAAGUUACGAGAAUCACAUUCAACACUAUAGUAAUGACGCAUAGCAAGCGAAGCUACCUAGUUAGUUUUUAUAAACUAUCUUUAUACACUGCUAAAAUAAAUAAAGGGAACACUGAAACAACACAAUGUAACUCCAAGUCAAUCACACUUCUGUGAAAUCAAACUGUCCACUUAGGAAGCAACACUGAUUGACAAUACAUUUCACAUGCGGUUGUGCAAAUGGAAUAGACAACAGGUGGAAAUUAUAGGCAAUUAGCAAGACACCCCCAAUAAAGAAGUGGUUCUGCAGGUGGUGACCACAGACCACUUCUCAGUUCCUAUGCUUCCUGGCUGAUGUUUUGGUCACUUUUGAAUGCUGGCGGUGCUUUCACUCUAGUGGUAGCAUGAGACGGAGUCUACAACCCACACAAGUGGCUCAGGUAGUGCAGCUCAUCCAGGAUGGCACAUCAAUGCGAGCUGUGGCAAGAAGGUUUGCUGUGUCUGUCAGCGUAGUGUCCAGAGCAUGGAGGCGCUACCAGGAGACAGGCCAGUACAUCAGGAGACGUGGAGAAGACCGUAGGAGGGCAACAACCCAGCAGCAGGACUGCUACCUCCGCCUUUGUGCAAGGAGGAGCAGGAGGAGCACUGCCAGAGCCCUGCAAAAUGACCUCCAGCAGGCCACAAAUGUGCAUGUGUCUGCUCAAACGGUUAGAAACAGACUCCAUGAGGGUGGUAUGAGGGCCUGACGUCCACAGGUGGGGGUUGUGCUUACAGCCCAACACCGUGCAGGACGUUUGGCAUUUGCCAGAGAACACCAAGAUUGGCAAAUUCGCCACUGGCGCCCUGUGCUCUUCACAGAUGAAAGCAGGUUCACACUGAGCACAUGUGACAGACGUGACAGAGUCUGGAGACGCCGUGGAGAACGUUCUGCUGCCUGCAACAUCCUCCAGCAUGACCGGUUUGGCGGUGGGUCAGUCAUGGUGUGGGGUGGCAUUUCUUUGGGGGGCCGCACAGCCCUCCAUGUGCUCGCCAGAGGUAGCCUGACUGCCAUUAGGUACCGAGAUGAGAUCCUCAGACCCCUUGUGAGACCAUAUGCUGGUGCGGUUGGCCCUGGGUUCCUCCUAAUGCAAGACAAUGCUAGACCUCAUGUGGCUGGAGUGUGUCAGCAGUUCCUGCAAGAGGAAGGCAUUGAUGCUAUGGACUGGCCCGCCCGUUCCCCAGACCUGAAUCCAAUUGAGCACAUCUGGGACAUCAUGUCUCGCUCCAUCCACCAACGCCACGUUGCACCACAGACUGUCCAGGAGUUGGCGGAUGCUUUAGUCCAGGUCUGGGAGGAGAUCCCUCAGGAGACCAUCCGCCACCUCAUCAGGAGCAUGCCCAGGCGUUGUAGGGAGGUCAUACAGGCACGUGGAGGCCACACACACUACUGAGCCUCAUUUUGACUUGUUUUAAGGACAUUACAUCAAAGUUGGAUCAGCCUGUAGUGUGGUUUUCCACUUUAAUUUUGAGGGUGACUCCAAAUCCAGACCUCCAUGGGUUGAUACAUUUGAUUUCCAUUGAUAAUUUUUGUGUGAUUUAGUUGUCAGCACAUUCAACUAUGUAAAGAAAAAAGUAUUUAAGAUUAUUUCAUUCAUUCAGAUCUAGGAUGUGUUACUUUAGUGUUCCCUUUAUUUUUUUGAGCAGUGUAGUUUGACAAUCCAAUUAUGUCUUAAUGUGGCUGUUUUUUCUCUUCGCUGCAAAAUUAGGAAGUGGCUCUAACCCUUUCCAGCAUCUUGAAAAGAGUGCAGUGUUGCAGGAGGCUCGUAUCUUCAACGAGACGCCGAUCAACCCCAGAAGAUGUCUUCACAUCCUCACCAAGAUAAUUUACCUGCUCAACCAGGUGAGAAACAAAUCCAUUACUUGCAAACCAGUUGUUUUGCAUGUAUACCCUUUGAUAUUAACAAAACACUUUUUUAUGUUCUGUCCAGGGGGAGCACUUUGGAACUACGGAGGCGACUGAGGCCUUCUUCGCAAUGACCAGGCUCUUCCAGUCCAAUGAUGUGAGGCUACAUUUUUGUUUUGGGUUUAAUUGAUUUCAAUACAAUUUACUCAUCCCAGAAGGGGAAUUAUUGCUGAUCAUACAAGAAAACAAUUAAACAACAUUAUCGACAGAACAUACCACAACAUGUACCAUACAUGAUGACAUAAACUCACACAAACUAACUUCAGACAGGUCCAGCUAGUGCCGUUAAAUUAGUAUUCAAUGAGUAGUGUUGUAAUUGACAUAUUGUAGAGAAAUGUGGCGCAUAGUGUUUUUGUAUAGUGUUAUCUGCUUUUUGAAAAUGUUUCUUUGUAUUCCUUCAGCAAACCCUGAGAAGGAUGUGCUACCUGACCAUCAAGGAAAUGGCCAACAUCUCUGAGGAUGUCAUCAUUGUCACCAGCAGCCUGACCAAGGACAUGACUGGCAAGGAGGAUGUGUACAGAGGACCCGCCAUCAGAGCUCUCUGCAGGAUCACUGAUGUCAGUUUCUCUGUCUGUCUCUCUGUUUUCUUUCUGUCUCCAUUCUGAUAGCUGAACAGCAUUUUUUAUUACAUUUUUUACAUCCAGCUUACAUUGUUAUUGUCAUUGGACUGAACCUAUGCUUUUUGGUCAAUAAACUGAAGCCCCACUUUGUAACUCCGUCCCACAGACCACCAUGCUGCAGGCCAUUGAGAGAUACAUGAAACAGGCCAUCGUUGACAAAGUGCCCAGUGUGUCCAGCUCUGCCCUGGUCUCCUCUCUGGUAAGAAAUUAGCCACACAGCGCCUGGAUGUCUCAAGGUGACUGUGUCGUCUGUAAGUACUCCCAUUGCUUUGUGGGUAAUGUAGUUUGUUGUUCCUGUGUGUCUUUAGCACAUGGUUAAGAUGAGCUACGACGUGGUGAAGCGCUGGGUGAAUGAGGCACAGGAGGCAGCGUCCAGUGACAACAUCAUGGUCCAGGUGGGUUACCCACACACACUGCGCACACACACCGCUCACACACUGUUGAUAACAUGUUCAUUAGGCACCAAGCAGAAGAAAACAGUCAAACGGGGAGGUUCUAUCUUUACUCUUUCAAUACGAAAUACACUGAAAAAGGUUUUGAUAUGUUGUUCCCUAAUGAACAUGACCCGGAUAAGUUGAAAGAGAAUCUCUUCCACUGUGACCCCCCCCCCCCCCCAGUACCACGCCCUGGGUCUGCUGUACCACCUGAGGAAGAAUGACCGACUGGCCGUAUCCAAGAUGCUCAACAAGUUCACCAAGUCUGGCCUCAAGUCCCCCUUCGCCUACUGCAUGCUCAUCCGUAUCGCCAGCAAGCUGUUGGAGGAGACCGAGGCAGGGUAGGUAGCACCAUGGAAGUACUGUCACAUAGACCAGGGUUUUCAUAACUCUGUCCUGGGCCCCACCGGUGCAUGUUUUGGUUUUUGCCCUAGCACUACACAGCUGAUUACAAAUAAUCAAAGCUUGAUGAUGAGUUGGUUAUUUUAAUCAGAUGUGUAGUGCAGGGGUAAAAACCAGAACAUGCACCCAUGGGGGGCCCCAGGACCGAGUUUGGGAAACCCUGCUAUAGACUGAGGCACAUAGACUGAGGGAGGGCAGAUAAGCACUGUCAUGGACCGUUUACUUGAAUGGGUUUUCUAUUUCUUCUAUUUCUAUGGGUAGGGGUAAAACAGUGGGUUGGUGUCUAAUGUUCCCUUUCAUUGGUAUGUAUUGUUUUUAUUGAACACAAGGGGGGGAAGGGAUCUGUAUAGUGUCAUCAUGCAUUACAUGUUCACAUACACAUGGCAGUGGAGGACACAGAAUAGUGUCACAUUUUACUUUAUAAACAUAUUGGUAUAUUUUUCUCUUCCUGUGUGUGGCAUUGUAAUAAAAAUGGUAUGCUAUUUUUCUGUUUGCAGACACGACAGUCCCCUGUUUGACUUCAUUGAGAGCUGUCUGAGGAACAAGCAUGAGAUGGUGGUGUACGAGGCAGCCUCAGCCAUAGUUCACAUGCCCAGCUGUACAGCCAGAGAGCUGGCCCCUGCUGUCUCUGGUGAGUCUCUCUCUCUUAUCUAUUACAGACAGUUUGGUAAUUACACCUUGCUUUCUGGUGUCCACAUGUGGGUAGCUACCUGUAGACAUAGAUAUUUGUGAGGUUGUAGUAUCCUAUGAUCCUAGUACCUCUGGUUUUACAACUUGACUGUGUGUUAAUGUGUUUCUCUCCAGUCCUGCAGCUGUUCUGCAGCUCUCCCAAAGCAUCCCUGAGAUACGCAGCCGUCAGGACCCUCAACAAGGUUGGUCUCCACUUCUCCAUGCUCUUCAUUACUCUGAAUUACCAAUAGCAAUGUAGGCUAUAUCAUGCAGAUGAAGGAUAUGUUUUAGAUUGAGUGAACUGUAUUUACAACUGCAUUUCCCCGUUUGUCCACCAGGUGGCAAUGAAGCACCCGUCGGCGGUGACUGCUUGCAACCUGGACCUGGAGAACCUGAUCACGGACUCGAACCGUAGCAUCGCCACGCUGGCCAUCACCACACUGCUGAAGACGGGCAGCGAGAGCAGUGUGGACCGCCUCAUGAAGCAGAUCUCCUCCUUUGUCUCUGAGAUCUCUGACGAGUUCAAGGUGAGGAGGAGGAUGUGUUUCUGUUUCAGUUUUAAUGUGUAGUUUCUCCUCAAUGAUAUGCUCUUGUUUUUUCCCCCUCUGCAAUACUCUAGUUUAAUAAUUUAGGAAUUGAAAUGGUUGGAGAAAUCAAUUAGAAUAGACUGAAUAUGUAAUCCCCCCUCCCCCAAAACAAUCUUUGUAGUAAGUUAUACUAUAGUCUAUAGCAUCAUUCUGGAUAUUUUGAACAAUGCUUUAAUCCAUUUCCAAACGAGGGGAUUUCUUCACCAAAGGGAAGUCCUAUCAUCUGGGUGUGGUCCUAUCAUCUGGGUGUGGUCCUAUCAUCUGACUGUUGGGUGUGGUCCUAUCAUCUGACUGUUGGGUGUGGUCCUAUCAUCUGGGUGUGGUCCUAUCAUCUGACUGCUGGGUGUGUGUGUUUCAGGUGGUAGUUGUGCAGGCCAUCAGUGCCCUGUGUCAGAAGUAUCCCAGAAAGCACAGCGUCAUGAUGAACUUCCUGUCCAACAUGCUCCGAGAUGACGUGAGUUGAAAACACUGACUCGAACACACCAAAAGUAGCCUAAUGUCUUUUUUCACUGAUGUGUAGGACAAUAACCUAUUUUAGCACAUGUAUGCCCUUUACACUGACAUAUGGAGCCCAUCUAUGGACUACUGACAAAACAGAGCUCUUUGGCUAACUCUGGCACAUUUACAUUGAUUUGACCACUCAGUUACUGAUUUAUUGUACGACUGUCCCUGACACACAAACCAUUUAAACUAUGCCUCCCCUCUCUCAGGGUGGCUUUGAGUACAAGCGGGCCAUCGUGGACUGCAUCAUCAGCAUCAUUGAGGAGAACCCAGAGAGCAAGGAGACGGGGCUGGCCCACCUGUGUGAGUUCAUCGAGGACUGUGAGCACACGGUGCUGGCCACCAAGAUCCUCCACCUGCUGGGCAAGGAGGGCCCGCGCACGCCCUCGCCAUCCAAGUACAUCCGUUUCAUCUUCAACCGCGUGGUGCUGGAGAGUGAGGCCGUCAGAGCCGGUGAGAAACGGGGGAGUGUGUGUGUUUUAAGUUGACGUUUCUACCGGAAACCCCUGCUGGCCUGGAGUUGUCAAUAGCGUGUGUGUUUGAGAGACAGUUGUGUGUCUGGGUGCCACGUGAAUGGUAGUUCUGAUAAGUCUGUUGGGAUUAGCUCCAUUGUUAACUGGUGACAUCACCAACCAUGAAAUGUUCAAUUCACUAAUAUGAAAAUAAUACCAAACAGAGUACGUAGGCAAAUCGUAUUUGCGCCUGGCUUUUCAACAGAAACUCACUGUUAAUCAUGAAGGGUUUAAACUAAUUUGAGUUAGCACGUUUUUGUUUCUACACAUUGUGUAAUAACUAAGCCUAGCUCCUUUCUCCUCCCUCUAGCUGCGGUCAGUGCUCUGGCUAAGUUUGGAGCCCAGAAUGAUGACCUUCUCCCCAGUGUGUUAGUCCUGAUGCAGAGGUAGAGACAGCCUUUCACUGGCUCCCUGUCAUACUGAUCCAUUUCCUGGUUGCUAUGCAGUGUGUGGUUACUACUCUAAAGUGUGUUGACGUAUCCUGUGGGUUUCUAGGUGUAUGAUGGACAGUGAUGACGAGGUGAGGGACAGAGCCACCUUCUACAUGAACGUUCUGCAGCAGAAGCAGAAAGCCCUCAACGCUGGCUACAUAUUCAACGGUGAGAACCCACUGCGCUCCUAGUUUGACCUUGAAAGCACUAAAACAUGUGGACAUGUCUGGUAUAAUUCAGAAAGUACGGUUGUGAAUCGACACAUGCUGAGAAACAUUUUUCAAUCGAACCUCAAAAUGAAUACAUUUAUUUCCAUUAUUGAACCGUGUGUCUCCUCCCCUCAGGUCUGUCGGUGUCUGUCCCAGGUCUGGAGAAGUCGCUCCAUCAGUACACCCUGGAGCCCACAGAGAAGCCCUUCGAUAUGAAGUCCGUUCCCCUGGCCAACACACCCAUCACAGAGCAGAAGACAGAAUUCACUGCUGUCGCCACUAGCAAGCUGCCAGAGAAACCAGGCCCGACGCGCCAAGACAUCUACCAGGGUACAGUCACCUUACUUGAAACUAUCAUGGCAAGACAUGGUGUUAUCACAAGGAAACAAAACAUUUGGUCUGAAUUUCUUGAGUAAAAACAUCCAGUCACAUUUAUUUUCCAAGCUAUAGCACACAAUAUUUGACAUGAAACACGUUCUUAAUGAACGAUUGAAUUCAGUGUGCUUCAAGUUAUUAGCCAUGGAAAACCAAGGAUCAUAGUAGCAGUAGUUGUGAUCCUGGUAUUGUGACAAACUUCAGGGCAGCUUUAAUAUUUAAGUAGUUAGGAAUAGGGGUGGAUUUGGAACUGGGCCUCUCCUCAAAUCUCUCCCUCUAACCUCUCCUCUAAUCUCUCCUUCCCCUCUCAACAGAACAACUGGCAGCCAUUCCAGAGUUCCAGGGCCUGGGUCCUCUCUUCAAGACGUCGGAGGCGGUGCAGCUGACAGAGGCGGAGACUGAGUAUGUGGUGCGCUGCGUCAAGCACACCUUCGCCAGACACAUGGUGUUCCAGUUCGACUGCACCAACACGCUCAAUGACCAGCUCCUGCAGAAGGUAGGGCUACGCUGGUGACUGGUGUGAAUGAGGAAAUUCACGUCUCCUUGCCAAGGUGUGGAGAUCUAGUUUGGUGCAAAAUCACCCCAAAUCCCUCCUUACAGUGUAGAUAGCUUUGAGCAGUUUGUAUUCAAUUCAUAAAGCUUUAUUGUCCAUUCGAUUUGAUAGUACAGUAGACAGAAAAGUGUCUUUGGUGGCUCACAUUAAACUCUACAACACUGACGUUAAGACACAGGACAAAAUAUAUCUAAAAUGUUUAGAAAUUAGAAAUGUAUUAAGUCUAAGUCCACUGGGUUGUUGUCCUUCAGGUUAUGGUUCAGAUGGAGCCGUCAGAGGCCUACGAGGUUCUCCACUAUGUCCCUGCUGCUAACCUGCCCUACAGCCAGCCUGGCUCCUGCUACAGUCUGGUCAGACUGCCUGAAGAUGACCCCACCGCAGGUUACUUUAUUAUUAAACCUCUGUGUGUGGGAGAAAGAGAAAUAAGCUAUUUUCAUGUCACUCGGUUAAAACCCUGGAUUUCUCCGAAAAAACCCCCAGAAGGAUCUGAAUGGGGAUCAUGUAGCACCUAACCAAGAUCAAAACACAUGGGUUUUCCAUUGAGAGAAGAAUGCAGUUAUCUGCUGGCCUUCUUCAAACACUAAGGACACUGUUAUUUACAUCACAUAGGCCUAGUCAUGUAAUGUAUGCACCAUAUGUGUAUGUCAUAUUGAAUGUGCUCUGUGCUCCCCAGUGUCCUGUACGUUCAGCUGUACUCUGAAGUACCUGGUGAAAGACUGCGACCCCAACACAGGAGAGCCCGAUGACGACGGUUACGAUGACGAAUAUGUGGUAUGAGCUCAAUAGAAAACCUAUUUUUAAAAUCUCUAAAAACCCAUUUAUCAAAAAAAUAAUUUCAAAGAACCCUUCAUACAUCUAGUUUACCGUCAAUUGCCGAAACUCUAUUCACUCCUUCUCUUUUUCUACCUUCUCUGCUCUCCUCUACUCUCUCCCCUCUCCCCCCGUGUGUGUGGUGUGUGUGUGUGUGUGUCAGCUGGAGGACUUGGAGGUGACUGUAGCAGACCACAUCCAGAAGGUGUUGAAGCCCAACUUCUCCGCAGCCUGGGACGAGGUGGGAGACGACUUUGAGAAGGAGGAGACGUUCGCCCUGGCCUCCGUCAGAACGCUAGAUGGUAAUUAUUUCAAUCGGGAUCUUUGGAUUUAUCACCCCAAAAUUGAAGCAGUGUACAUUUUGUGAGAUGUUUUAGAGCAGUGGUUCCCAUACAUAGAAAUAUAAUUAUUAACAAUUGUAUUUUUUUCUCCAUACUUUUCUCUUUCCAUUGUGACUCACCUAAAGCCUUUUUGAGCUUGUUUGUGAGGCAUCAAAUGGGCUAUUUCUAACCAUAAGUCUUUAAAUACAACCCAAUGGAACUGGCCUCGUGACAGUAUUUGACCUAUGUAUUUAACCCAGGUCUGGAGUUGGGGAACUGACUUCACAUUAAAUGAUCUUUGUUGAUAAUAUUUAUCUUAUGACACAACUACAUAUUUAAGGCAGUGUGAGUAAUAUGUGUCUUUGGACACAAGCACAUUUGAAGGCAGGUUGUAUCUAGGGGGCUACAGUGUGUUGAGUAAAAUCUCCCAGUUGUCUCUGUAGAGGCCGUUGGUAGGUAACGUCUCUCUGUAGAGGCCGUUGGUAGGUAACGUCUCUCUGUAGAGGCCGUUGGUAGGUAACGUCUCUCUGUAGAGGCCGUUGGUAGGUAACGUCUCUCUGUAGAGGCCGUUGGUAGGUAACGUCUCUGUAGAGGCCGUUGGUAGGUAACGUCUCUCUGUAGAGGCCGUUGGUAGGUAACGUCUCUCUGUAGAGGCCGUUGGUAGGUAACGUCUCUGUAGAGGCCGUUGGUAGGUAACGUCUCUCUGUAGAGGCCGUUGGUAGGUAACGUCUCUCUGUAGAGGCCGUUGGUAGGUAACGUCUCUCUGUAGAGGCCGUUGGUAGGUAACGUCUCUCUGUAGAGGCCGUUGGUAGGUAACGUCUCUCUCUGUAGAGGCCGUUGGUAGGUAACGUCUCUCUCUGUAGAGGCCGUUGGUAGGUAACGUCUCUCUCUGUAGAGGCCGUUGGUAGGUAACGUCUCUCUCUGUAGAGGCCGUUGGUAGGUAACGUCUCUCUCUGUAGAGGCCGUUGGUAGGUAACGUCUCUCUGUAGAGGCCGUUGGUAGGUAACGUCUCUCUGUAGAGGCCGUUGGUAGGUAACGUCUCUCUGUAGAGGCCGUUGGUAGGUAACGUCUCUCUGUAGAGGCCGUUGGUAGGUAACGUCUCUCUGUAGAGGCCGUUGGUAGGUAACGUCUCUCUGUAGAGCAGGGAUCAUCAACUAGAUUCAGCCGCGGGCCAAUUUUUUCUUGAGCGGAUUGCCGGGAGGCCAGAACAUAAUAAACCAAAUCUUUUUAGACUUCAAAUUGACUUCAAGAAGCCUAAACAGAUAUAAUAUUUGACUAAAACAUAAUAAUUUGAAAUCUUGAUUACAUUUGGGGACAUUGUCCUGCGUAGGGUGCCGUCUUUCGGAAUGGACGUUAAAACGGGUGUCCUGACUCUCUGGUCAUUCAAGAGACCUCUCUGUUCCCUGUUGUCUCUGUAGAGGCUGUUGGUAACAUCAUCAGUUUCCUGGGCAUGCAGCCCUGCGAGCGUUCAGACAAGGUCCCUGAAAACAAGAACUCACACAUCCUCUUCCUUGCCGGUGGGUAUUUUAUUUAUUUAUGUUAUCUUGAUUUGAAUGAAUUAUUGUUUUGCUAUGUGAAGUGUAUUGUAGGCUCAUUCUGUACCCUUUAUUACCGUAAAUAUGUUAAGAGCCGUUCCCAACCUUGACACGGCAGCUUGUGGUGGAUGCAAGCCUCCCAUUGGUCCUUGGUAUGAAUUACAGUUUCAAUGUCCCUCCUCUUCCUCCAGGUGUGUUCCGGGGGGGUCAUGACGUGCUGGUGCGCUCGCGCCUGGCCCUGGCCGAUGGUGUCACUAUGCAGGUGACGGUCCGCAGCUCUGACGAGACGGUUGUUGACAUCAUCCUAGCCUCUGUGGGCUAGAGGGCGCCAGCGAGGCCUGUUCACCAACAGGCCAAUCCAACAAAGAAGAAGCUCCGAAUUCAAUGGCAUAUUCUAAUUGUUUUGUCCACUUUUUCCCAAUUCACAAUAUUCUCCACGCAAUGUCCUUCUCCCCUGCUUUGUCGUUUGAAUGUGUCUUCUUGUUGUGUUGUAGGGUAGCCUGUUUGUUGAGAUGGAAUACGUUAUGGUGAGAGGUGUGUACUACUGGCAUCCUUCAACACACAACUCAUUGUGUAGACUGGCCCCAGAUCAGUUGGUGCUUUAUAGCCAACUCCAAUGGUCAUUCAUAGGAGUUGGCAAGGCAGCACAAACAGAUCUGGGACCAG